AGAGCAGUCAGAAAUUUCCCGCAAAAAGACAUUAGACACAGUGAAAAAAAAAAAAAAGUUGCUAACAGCGCGCCUUUUCUUAUCAAAGAAUCAUAGUUACAACUCCGAUAGGUUGAUCUCGAUUUAGUCUAGAAUCUAUUUAUUAAAAAGAAAUGUUUGAGGCACGUCUUGUUCAGGGUUCUAUGUGGAAAAAGAUUUUGGAAGCAAUCAAAGAUUUGCUAAAUGAAGCCAUUUUUGAUUGUUCGAGUACAGGAAUCACUUUACAAGCUAUGGACAGUUCUCACGUCAGUCUUGUCUCUUUAAGUAUGAAAGCAGAAGGUUUUGAAACGUACAGAUGUGAUAGGAAUCUUUCAAUGGGCAUCCAUUUACCUAGCAUGUCUAAAAUAAUGAAGUGUGCUGGAAACGAUGACAGCAUUACAAUUAAAGCUGCAGAUGAGGCAGAUACAGUAUCACUUGUAUUUGAGUCACCAAACCAAGAAAAAGUAUCUGAUUAUGAAAUGAAAUUAAUUGAUUUGGAUACAGAGCAUCUUGGAAUUCCGGAUACAGAGUACAGUUGUGUUGUUAAAAUGCCAAGUGCUGAAUUUCAACGCAUUUGUCGAGAUCUCAGCCAGCUGGGUGAUUCAGUUGUUGUAGCAUGUACAAAAGAAGGUGUUAAAUUUUCUGCAAGUGGUGAACUUGGCACAGGAAACAUUAAACUCUGUCAAAAUGUCAGCACUGAUAAAGAGGAAGAAGCAGUUAUUGUGGACAUGAAUGAAGCAGUGUGUCUGACCUUUGCUCUGCGUUACCUGAAUUUCUUCACUAAGGCAACUCCUCUUUCUUCCCAAGUAUCACUCUCAAUGUCCCAAGAUGUCCCCCUUGUUGUUGAAUAUAAAAUAGCAGAUCUGGGAUACCUGCGCUUCUACCUGGCCCCCAAGAUAGAAGAUCAGGAUGCUGAAUAAAAGUUAUAACAGUGUAGAGGAUUACAGUUUAAAACUGAAAAUGUAAUAUGUAAAUAUUUUGUUUAUUGAUGCAUACUUUUAAACAAUUAAAACAAUUUGUUAAAUCUUAGCAAAAUGUAA